AUGGCUAUUACUGAUAGUUUCAAAAAAGUAUUGAGUGAUACUAAUACUAAAAGUGAAGCCAUUAAAACUUCAGAUAAUUCAGAUCAGAUAUCGACUUAUUCAUCAGAAGAACAAGGUGGUAUAAUAAAUUUAGAUAAAAAUGUUAAAGAAAUUGGUAUUGUUUCAGCAAGUUUUUUAAUGUUGAAUAGAAUGUUGGGUGCUGGUGUUUUCUCAACUGGUUCAACAAUCUUUGUAUUAUCUGGUUCAGUUGGUACUGCAUUAAUGAUGUGGUUUGCAGGUACUAUAAUUGCAUUUAGUGGAUUAUUAGUUUAUAUGGAAUUGGGAUCUGCUUUACCAAGAAAUGGUGGUGAAAAGAAUUAUUUGGAAUAUAUUUAUAAAAAACCAAAAUUCUUUGUUACUGCAAUGUAUGCAUCAUAUGUCUUCUUUUUAGGUUGGGCAGCUGGUAAUUCAAUUGUUGUUGGUGAAUAUAUCUUAAAUGCUGCUGGAAAAGAAGUUACUCAAUGGAAUUCAAGAGGUAUUGGUUUAGCAGUUAUAACGUUUGCAUUUUUAGUUAAUGCUAUACAUAUUAAAACAGGUUUAUUUAUUGCCAAUGUUUUAGGUUUUUUCAAAAUUAUUAUUGUGUUAUUUAUUACAGUCACUGGUUGGGUUGCAUUAGGUGGAGGUAUUAAAAAUUCUGAUUUCCAACCAACUGGUAACUUUUCUCAUGCAUUUGAAGGUGAAAGUCCAUCAGGUUUUGGUAUUGUUAAUGCUUUAUAUAAUGUUAUUUGGUCGUAUGUUGGUUAUUCAAAUGCCAAUUAUGCAUUAGGUGAAAUUAAAAAUCCAACAAGAGUUUUAAAAUGGGCCGCACCAAUUGCUUUUAUUUCAUUAGGUGUUAUUUAUAUGUUUGUUAAUAUUGCUUAUUUUGCAGUUGUACCAAAAGAAGAAAUUGCAAAUUCUGGUAGAAUUUUAGCUGCUUCAUUUUUCAAACAUGCAUUCGGUGAUCAAGCUGAAAAAGCAGCUUCAGUUUUUGUUGCAUUAUCAGCAUGGGGUAAUGUUAUGUCAGUUAUCUUUUCACAAGGUAGAAUUAUUCAACAAUUGGGUAGAGAAGGUUCAUUACCAUUUUCAAGAUUUUUUGCUUCAUCAAGACCUUUUAAUACUCCAUUUGUUGGUUUAAUGCAACAUUGGAUUAUUUGUAUCAUUACCAUUAUUGCUCCACCACCAGGUGAUGCUUAUAAUUUUAUUUUGAAUUUGAUUUCAUACCCAUUAAAUGUUGUUAAUACUGCAAUUUCAGCAGGUUUAAUUUAUUUAUAUUAUAAAAAAGCUAAAGGUCAAUUAUCUUGGAAUCCACCAUUAAAAGCUUCAUUACCAGUUACAAUUUUUUUCUUUUUAUCAUCAUUAUAUUUAAUUGCUGCUCCAUAUAUUCCACCAAUUCAUGGUCAAAAGGUUUAUAAUUCAAUGCCAUAUUGGAUUCAUGCAGUUGUUACAUGGGCUGUAUUUGGUGUUGGUUUACUUUAUUGGAUUGGUUGGGUUAUACUCUUACCAUAUUUUGGUGGUUAUAGAUUAGUUACUAAAGAAGUAUUGGGAUCUGAUGGAUUCUGGAGAAACAAAUUUUAUAAGGUUUCAAAAGAUAGUAUAGAUGCAGAUGCCGAAUUAAAAGAACAAAACUUAUAG